AGACGGCGAACGUGCCCAAAGCAAAGAUGGCGGCGAUGGUAUUCCUCAGCCGGCGCGCCGUCCGUCCUGGAGGUGACAAGCACGCAGCUCCAUCAGAAACCGCUAGCAAGAGCAAGGACUGGUGCAACGAGAAACGAGUGCAUCCUCUAAAGCAGAGCUGGGUGACAUACCUGCAGAGAUUGUCUAUCCUGAAUAAUAUGAUCUGGACUUAGCAUCAAUAGAUGAUGAUAUAGGAAAGAAGGAGCAAUGUCAGAAGAUGUGGCUAACGAGACACAUUUUCCUCUGAAGACAGCAGCUUUAAGAGUAUUUGAUCUUCCACUCUCCUGGUAUAAUUCACUGAUACAGAUUAAAAUCUCACCAGGGCUAAAGAAACUAUUUGCGAUAACAGCAGUAAGUGCCAUAACUGUGAUUUUCCUUGCUCAUCACUUCAAAAGAAAACGUGGGAAGAAAACCAGGAAGCUAUCUCCAUGGGAAUCAGACCGUCUGAUUUUUGAUUAUGCAAAAACUUCUGGGUCAGAGAAAAAUUCUAGUUGUUCCAGUAGCAAACAAAAUCUAACACUUUCACUGAAUUCCAUCAAAGAAAAAGGUUUUCAAUCUUACAUCCAUGCCAGUGGUGAUCUCUUCAAUAAAUAUUCUGGUUCUAUGCAGAGUUUGGCCUCAGCCCACAGUGCCAUCUCUUGUCCUAGUUGUGUUUGUGUGAAUUCUAAUUCCUGGGAUAAAACAGAUGAAGAUAAUAUGAAGCUAGUCAAUAUUCCAGUAACUACUCCAGAAAAUUUAUACUUGAUGGGGAUGGAGCUGUUUGAAGAAGCACUACAACGAUGGGAACAGGCAUUGACUUUUCGUAACAGACAAGUUGAGGAUGAAGCCAGCUGUGGUGCCAUCAAGCUUGGAGCAGGUGAUGCUAUUGCAGAAGAACAGAUAGAGGAUAUCAUUAGUGCAGAGUUUAUACAUAAGCUUGAACUUUUGCUCCAGAGAGCCUACCGCCUUCAGGAAGAAUUUGAAGCCUCCCUUGGAGCAUCUGACCCAGGGUCUUUUGGCAAUGAGGCUGGUAAUCAAAUGGAUAAUACUAUGAAAGAUAUUACAGAUGAAUUCAGUCUGCGAGAUACAAUAAGCAUUGGAUCAACAGAUUCAUUUGUUUCAGCUGCUGAGCUUACAGAACACAAAGAGAGCCGAAACUAUUACCACAUGGAUUCACUUUGCCACUGCCCAUUAUAUGAAGAAGCUUUGCGCAUGGCAGAAGAAGGAAAGAUUUAUUCACGUGUCUUAAGGACUGAAAUGUUGGAAUGUUUGGGAGACAGUGACUUCCUUGCUAAGCUCCACUGUAUACGGCAAGCUUUUCAGGUCAUUCUUUCAGACUCUGCAAAUCGAAUAUUUCUUGCUGAAAGUGGCAGAAGAAUUUUAUGUGCUUUAAUUUUGAGAGCAAGAAAGAACCCAAAGAAAUUUGAGGAAGUAUUUGAUGAAAUGAUCUCUUUUUUAGAACAAGCGGAUCAAUGGAUUCAUACUAAAAUGGAGUUGGCUGCUUAUGGGGUGAAACAUUUAAACUUUUAUGAUGUUGUUUUGGACUUCAUAUUAAUGGAUUCUUUUGAAGACUUAGAGAACCCACCCAUGUCUAUACAGAAUAUAGUUAAUAACCACUGGUUGAACUCCUCCUUCAAAGAAACUGCUGUGGCUUCAAGUUGUUGGUCAGUCCUGAAGCAAAAAAAGCAACAAAUGAAAGUUCCUGAUGGUUUCUUUGCGCAUUUCUAUGCUGUUUGUGAACAUAUUAGCCCUGUUCUGGCAUGGGGAUUUUUAGGUCCUAGAAAUUCCCUGAAUGAAUUUUGCAGCUACUUCAAGAAUCAGAUUCUUUAUUUCCUGAAAGAUAUUUUUGACUUUGAAAAAGUGCGAUACUCAUCAGUGGAUAAUUUAGCUGAAGAUCUUCUGCAAUUGCUAAUCCGGCACACUAAUCUUUUAUUGGUUUACUUUGGAGUAAAUGGAUGUCAAGACCCAACAGCCAGUGAUCUUUUAGAGGCAAAAGUACAAUAAAUUUCUAUUUUUGUUCUUCAUAUGAGCAUAUUUUGCCUUUUUCUCCAACAAGGAAAUUUAAUAUUGUUUCUUUCAGAGCAAGUACCCAAAAUCUAUGAUAUUGUCGAAUAUAGCCUCAGGGAGGUUUAAAAAUAUACAUGUCAUUGCUUAAAUUAUUGCUGUACAUAUCAUUUAAAAUAGUUCAAUUGUCCUUGGAUUUAUACGUAACAUAUAUUUCUAAACUAUUACAUAAAUAUUUGUGGGGGAUAAAUACAUAAAUACAGAUCUCUUUGUGAUGAAAGUGAUAUAAAAAUACAUGUUAUAGUAAAUAAGUUCCUCCCAGGUUUACAAUGUAUAAAUUAGGUAGUGCAAAACUUUCAAAAGCUCUACCUGGUGAUGUGUUUGCCAAGAUUUGCACCUUUUUUGUCUUAAUUAAUGUGCAAUUAAAAAAAACAUAUACGGUGACAAAUGAUAUAGUUUUUGUGUGUAUAAGCUAUAAUUUAUAGUGUAGCAACUGUAUCAAUGCAUUUCGCCUUAGGACAAUAUUCUGUGGGCACUGUUGUAAAAUUUAAGAGUUAAUCAUAAUUUUUUUUUGUAAAUUAUGAUGUUUUAUGUUGGUUGUAUUGCAUAAAAUCAGAGUCUGGUGAACCCUCGGCAGUUGUUUUGAGUAAUUAAUACUCUCUACCAUAUUUAUUUAUUUAGUAUAGAUUGCUAAAUAUAUAGAUAAUUCUCUGCAGAGCUUUUAAAAUUUUAUACAUACUAUAAAUAAGUUCUUGUCUAAUUGAAUUCAUUAUUUAAAGUAUAUUUUUAAGGGAAAAGAUGUAUAUUAAAAAGAAUAAAAUGUUGCAAGGGUAAAUACAUGUUCCAUUACAAUUUUAAAUAUGUGUUUGUCUCUUUUUAAAACAAUAGGGAUGCCAGAUUAAUACCUUAAAGGGUCUAGUUUGUGUGCCAUGCACAGAUGUUUUGUUUGAUCAUGGUUUAUUGUAUUAUCCAUAGUUGAGUAUAUGAAGCUGUAAGACAUGGUUUAUUAAGCACAAUGGCCAGAUUCGCAGAAUGCACCAAUCCUCAAUCAUUCCACAUUUUUAUUUAGAUUUAGAAGGAUAAAUGACCCUAAAGGGGUAAUGUGAUUGCUCUCUGAAACAGCACUAAUCCUAGCUUUCAGCCAGAAAACUUAAGCCUACCUAUAGCCUGUUUUGUCCUAACUUCAUACAUGCAUAGUGUGUUUAGCUUUUAUAUUGUAGAAAUUUGUUGGAUUGAAUUUUCAAGAAAUCCCUUGCCCAGUUCUGCCUUGCACUUCUAGUCUCUGUCCAUUCUCUGCCACAAAAUUAAACAGCUGAUUUAUCAAGCAUUGAGAUACCCUAUUAGUUGAGUGUGUUCUGCAUAUUAAUUGUUCUAUAUAUUUUUAUUAGAUAAACUUGGAUAGUGAUAGUCCCUUGCAUGAAGAAAGAUUUAAUGCUACCCAGUCAUCACAUAAAAGUCCUAACAUAUUAUAGCUGUCCAAAAAUUGUGAAUAUAUGAUACAGGAAAAUGUCACUUGAGUCUUUAUAUUAUGUAAUACUGUACAUAUUAUGUUCAAUAUUCUUUUUCUGUCUAUGCAAAAGCAAAUCAAGAUAAGUCAAUCUCUUUUUCCAACUGCAACAAUUAGAAAACCAUUCCUUUUGCAAAAAUGUAAAAUAUGCAUUUAUUGUAAACUGCCUAGAGUCACAUAAAGACAUAUAACUUGAGCAAAUAAAUAGUUAAUUGACAGAUUCCUAAUGUUUGAUUAGUGGUAUCUGAAAAGACUUAAGUAAAUGAAAAUUUGACUGGGCAGCUAAUGGAGGCAGAAAAAACACAAUUAAAAAAAGAAAUCCUGGCUUAAAAGCAAACCAGAGAAAGGGAUCUAUGGAAGUUAAGGCCAUUGAAGAGGAAAAUGGGUCAAAUUCCAUGAAGCAGGAAGGGGAAGCUGAGGUUGUCGUUGAAUGAUAGCAUAUAUUUAUAGCAUUUAUAUAUGCAUUUUGUGUACCAUGAUUUCAUAGUCAACUUAUCACACAGAAGGACGCACCAUUCUUUCUCUGGUCAUAAUACCUCAAUAAUAAGGGAGGAAUAGAUGUAACAGUGCAGGUUAGUAACUUUCACUGAAUCCUGGGAUGAUUAUUAGCAAUAGCAAUAGCAGUUAGACUUAUAUACCACUUCAUAGGGCUUUC